GCGUGUUCGUGCACAGCAUUGCUACGGGGGAAGGCGAAUCAGGCGACGUGGAAAGCACUUACUUCGGAAACGUCAAUGAGCAGGUGUUGAAGGUUUGUGAGGAGCUGCAAGGCAUUCCAGAGCUGCAAGGUGGCUUCAACGCAGUUGGAUUCUCACAAGGCAGUCAAUUUCUCAGAGCAGUGGUGGAGUACUGCCAGCACAAGGGGCCAAAGAUGCACGUGUUGGUUACGAUGGGUGGUCAGCAUGAAGGCAUUUCGAAUGUCCCAGGCUGUGCGAAUGAGCAUGACAACUGGUGCUGGCUCAUGCAAGAGAUCAUGGAACAUGGAGCAUACACAACAUGGGCCAGUGAACAUGUGGUACAAGCACAGUAUGUCAAGGAUCCACAAGACCUUCAUGGCUAUAUGAAAUACAACCCAUUCUUGCCAGUCAUCAACAACGAGCACGCUGACAAGAAUCCUCAAUACCGCACCAACCUGGCGUCACUUGAGAAGCUGGUUUUGCUUCGUUUUGAAUACGACUCAGUUGUCAUUCCAAGGGAAUCCAGCUGGUUCUCUUUCUUCAAUGGCACCGAUCUCAUCCCCAUGCGCGACCUGGACAUCUACAAGGAGGAUUGGAUUGGCCUGAAGCAGCUGGACGAGCGGGGCGCCAUCGAUAUUGGCGAUGUUCCUGGUGACCACAUGGAGUUCACAAUGGAAUGGUUCAUGGAGCAUGUGGUGGAGAAAUACCUUCUCUCGCCAAUGGAGGAACCCCACAUCAGUGCAGUGUGA